AUUCAAUUAUAAACCCGGACCCCUGUUAACCAUUUAUUUUGCAGUCAUUCUUGGGAGUACACGACUCACAACCCCCACCACAUCAACAUUUUCACCGGACAGACGGCUUUCAGGUCCUGUUCCUGCGCCAAUGGUUCACAACCCCAGGACUCUGUGCCAAGUGCCAAACCGCGCGUGUUGAGAUCGUUGAACCGAUUCCUAACAUCGCAGCCUGCUCAGGAAGUCAAAGCAAAACAUCGCUGCUCAGGAAGUCAAAGCAAAGCACGGGAAGGGCGCAGGAAAAGGAGGCACAUAAAAAAGAGUAAAAAAAGAAGCACACAGAUGAAACCAAACAACACCACCAACAAGGAGAGCGUCAAGAUCGAUGAGCUGUGGCUCAUCACUGCAGUCUGCUUUGUCGUCUGCACCACCUUUUGGCUUGGCGCCUCGUCCCAAUUACAAGACUUUUGGUCGACCAUUCAAAAUGCGUUUGUGGUUCUGGCCGUUUGCUAUACAGUCGAAAGAGCGGUGGUCGUCUCACUGCCGUGCCUACAGCGUCCCCGUGUCACUCUACACUUUGGCUUUGGCAUUGUACAGAACAUCAUCUACGUCGCCACAUUCCUGGCAAGUCCUUCCACUUUCGCAGAGAUUUGGACCAGCGUUUACUUUGGAUACUACCUCUGGACAUGGAUCGUGCUCGUGGCGCAUCAUCAGGAGUUUUUUACAAUCUUCCGCAUCUUUUUCACUGUUCAUCAUACAGUGUCCUUCUUCAUCACGGGAACUUGGAUUCUAGUGGCAGCUCAUUGUGACUGUCCAUACAACCUCUAUCUUCUGCGUGGAAUUGUCCUCUGGCUUGCCGCUGAUAUUUGGGGGUACAUACUCAAUUUUACCCGCAGCAUCUAUCCUGGAAUACCAGUCCGAACCAUUCGCAGACUCCAACUGAUGAUCUUUUUCAUUGAUCGAAUCCAGAAAUCAUCGGCCUACAUCCAAGCCAUUGCGAUCACUGGCGGCAACAUGAACGCACUGGAUUGGACUGUAUUCGGUACCGGUUUCUUCAAUGACAUCCUUGAUGCUUCCUUCCAAAUCCAUUCUCUAUAUUCUUACUAUCGCAAGGAACAAGACCAUACGGAACCCGAGAAAACAAACAAUUCCGACAUUGAAAGUGGUCGCACGACUCGAGCUCCAAACAGUUCCAUCAUUGCUGCUCUUGGAAACGACAGCCAAACAACAACAACUGGAAAGUUUCCCAAGCCCUUUGUCAGUAGCCCUCCAGAGCUGAAAGACUUGCUCUUGCUCCCCGAGUUUGACAAGACUACCCAGUGGGAAUUGCUACCAAAGGACUUUCAACGAUUGACCCAAGAGCGACUCAAGCUCGUGGCCCAAACGGGUGCCUUUCAAAUCAGCCGUGGACCGGGGAUGGGAUCUGGUAACACCACCGAACCCGAAGCGUUCAUGCGUCUAUUGGACGCCUUCCACUGGGCUGGUCUAUUUGAUUUGAGUCUCUUUGAUGUGGUUGGCGUCCAUGCCAUUGGCGGAAAUGUAGUAUUCAUCCAUGGGGAUGAUUCCCAGCUGGCAGAAAACCGAGCCAAAAUUGACCAGAUCGAAGACGUCUAUUGCUUUGGUGCCACCGAACUCGCUCAUGGGUCCAAUCUCAAGCAAAUCCAAACCAUUGCCGAGUUUGACGACAAGACCAAUGAGGUUGUCUUGAUCACUCCCUCCAGCACGGCUUGCAAGUACUGGAUUGGAAACUCCACAUUUGUGGCGGAUUACGUUGUGGUACUUUCCCGCCUGGUAGUCAAAGGCGAAGAACAGGGAAUUGGUUGGCUCCGAGUACCACUUUGGAAGAACAAAGACAAGACUGAGCGUUUUCCUGGAAUCCAUGUCAGGGACACUGGGGCUAAGGCAGGUUGCAAUGGCAUUGGCAAUGGAUGCAUUACUUUUGACCAUGUACGAUUGCCACGAUCUGCUUUGUUGUCUCGCUUUUGCCAAGUUGAUGAAAACGGUGAUUUCCAAUCUGCAUUGAGCAGCAGUGAUUUAUUCUUGCGGUCUAUCCAAACCUUUGUGCUGGAGCGCAUUGGCGUGGCCACUGCAGCCAUUGGCUGUGCCAAGAGCGCAAUCCAUGUGGCUCUGAGCUAUGCUGCUGUUCGCCAUCAGUUCGGCCCGGAUGGGGAUGAAGUGCCACUUAUAUCGUACCCCAUGCAUCAGAGACGCCUCAUAUCCCAUGCAGUGCGACUGUUUGUUGGUAAAGCCACAGUGGACAGGAUUGGAAGAGCCGCACAAGAAUCAUUCCAUCCCUAUGAAUUUGGAGCAGACAGAAAGAAGCUCCAUGCGGACUCUUGCUUGGUCAAAGCCUUUGCAUCCUGGGAAAGUUUUGCUGCUGCGCAGGAAGCCAGGGAACUUUGUGGAGGCCACUCAUUUGCUGCCACCAGCCAGCUUGGCAUGGCACGAAAUGAUCUUGAUGUGACACUGACGUUUGCUGGAGAUAACUCACUGUUGGCUCUGGAAGUCGUAAGGCAUCGCUUGAAGGGAAUAAAGGAAUGGCCAAUCCUGAAGAAGCUCUUUGGGCCUAUUCGACCUCUAAACCGCCAUAUUUCCCCAUCAGAUCAUGAUGACGAUCCUGUCAGUUUGAUGCAGAAGUGCUUGAGACUACUGAUAUUUCGCGAAGAAACCAUGCUACUGACAGUUGGCAAGAAGCUAAUGGCAAAGCAAGACCAAGGGUUUCGUGCCUUUACAGAGCACAGCUUUGAAAUGAGAGAAGUGGCAGGGGCUGUCUACGAUCGAAUGUGUGUCGAGACCUGGUUGGAACAGCAAAUGGAUCAAGGUCAGCUAUACUGUGACAUUGGUGUACUUGAUGCGCUCCAACGGGUUCAGAAGAAUGAAGCAUGGUUCCUCUUGAGGAGUGCCCUUUCAAAAGCCACUCAUGAGGCAGUGGAGGCAAUCAUCAAGAAGAUCAUUUCAAGUCUUGGUCGCCAACAUGAAUGUCUGUUGGAUGCAUUCUGUGUACCACAUGAUCUUGUGAGGCACUGGCCACUGGGUCAACCAGAUUAUUGCCAGAGGCUUCAUGAUCUUACAUAUGAAGUAUCUCCACUGGGCCAAAUAGAUCAUUGCAAGAGGCUUGAUGAUCUCACAUUUGAAGUAUAGAUAGAUGUAUCCGAAGCAUGCACUGGCUUUGGGAGAUUUCUAGAGAUUUUUAUUUCUCCAAACGCUGCCAGUAGAUUUUCUGUAUCUAGAUGCCUAAAUUUAGUGUUAAGAAAAGAUGGCGUU